AUGAACCCCGGCGAGAGCCGUGCCCUCCACCCAGAGGGUGAGCUGUUCCUCAACUCUGGCAGAGAGGAAGCGCCCGUGGUUGAACCACUGCGCAUCAACAAGAGAGACUCGGCAUCUCCGUCCAGCCCACCACCUGCACCUUUGCCCUACCCCGAUGACCGACCUCGUCCCCAGAUGCGUACCUCCAGUUCCAACGGUGGGCGUCCCACGGAUAGCAAUCGAUAUGGUUCGCCGCCGGCUGGUUCCGGUACCGUGAGCCCCGCUGAUUAUCCCCCGGCUUUGCGACCACGCGAUGGGCAGCCUCGAAUCGCUACAUUGGCGGAAAGGCGAGGUACUGCUCCGAAGCCAUUGCCAGAAUCGCCUGGCCCUGAUGCGCCAGACCGGGAAACUUUGGCGGCCAGGCCGUACCCUCGUCCGCCAGGCGCCUCUGCUCCUAUAGAGCCAAAUCAACAAUAUGAUUAUCGUCAACAAUACUACCCGCCUCCACAGAGUUCGGUGUCCCGGCCCCCUUCAACUCUGCAACCCGUGCAGAAUAACUCAAUAAAUCGCAUCAGCUCCACUGCGUCCAAUGCUACAACUCGGGCUCAGCGUGGAUCUCCUCCCCCGCCAGAAACACCCAUCAUAGGCCCUGGUCAACAGCCCGGCUCGGAUAUCGAGGCUCGUUAUGCUGCGGCUGGUAUCGCAGGUACAGGAACGCUUGCCCGCAUGCAGUCGCAGAGCUCCGCCGCACAAAUUCGGGCUGGGCAUUAUACAGGACAGCAAGCAACUUACCAACAGCCGCAGGAAGAGUCGCAGCGGCCAUGGACUCCCACUGAGCAACCAGGGACUCAGCCUCAUGGGCCGCCCACUGUCUACCAGGGCGCAGAAGUUCCAGCUGCUCAGCAUCUGGCACAGUAUAGUAGCCCUCCGCCACAAGCCCAGCAGGCUCCAGCAGUCCUGGAGCAGCAGCAGCAGCAGCAGCAGCCGCCGCCUUCAAUGGUCUCUGCCAACGCGUUAGAGCAGGACAUGGAUCGGGUGCGCCUCAGUUCUUCUCCGCCUCCUGCUUACUCGAGUGUCUCUGGGCCAGGCGCAACAAAUGGGUACCCAAAUGAAAAGCAGAGUGGCGCCGCUGCGGGAGCUGCAGCUGUUGGACAACACCCAGCAACAGUAAACCAGCCGCACCCUGCGAUGGCCGCCGCGGCUGUUGCUUCUGCUGGUACUUCUGCUUCUCCGACACCAUCGGCCUCGACUCUUGAUCAUCCGGCCUUUGCAAAUGACCCGCGGCAGCAACAGACCAUGAGUCAAUCGCCGCAGAAUUCCGUGGCUAAUGGCCAGCCUGCCUAUCCACAGGCAGCGCAAGUAAUUUCCCCGGGGCCCUCUGGGCCGCCUCCAUCAUCUCCUCCGCCUCUUCCAGAGGGUUGGAUUGCCCAUAUGGACCCAAGCUCGGGGCAGUAUUACUAUAUUCACCUACCAACCCAGUCAACACAGUGGGAAUUCCCCAAAGGCCCUACGCCACUGAACCUUAAUGACACCCCCAUGUCGCCGGUAGGAAGUGUUUACAGCAGCCAUCCUCUGGCAUCACCGGGCCUGUCGGCAUUUGGCAAACCGAUGGCAUCUCCAGGUGUGCCGCUCACCCCGGGAUUUGAGAGCCUUCAGUCUCCUAUGACCGCAGGGUUCUCGGGACCACCUCCGAGUAGCGGCAUGGAUCUAUACAAGACAGCCCCCACAAACGGUGUCUACUUUGGUCCCUAUCUGCGAUAUACCAACAUGGACCUUGAGCGAGGGCUCUGGUUGGGCUCCAUUCUUUUGGUGACCGAUUCCGCUCAGCCACCUACUAUUCACAUCCACCAAAGUGUAGACCUAUCUCCCAACCCAAGACAAUUGAAGGGUGUCAAUAUUGCAGCUCAUCAACGAUGGACCUUCUACAAGUAUGAAGUUGAUCUGCAAAUGGAUGAUACCGGCCCUGCCAAGUGGACAUAUGCCAUUACUUCGCAUCUUGGAUGUACCCGCUACGAGUUCCUGGUCGCUGGCCGGCACGAGACCAAUUGGCGGUUCAUCGCAGUCUCAGGAAAUGAUUUCUCGCUCAAUGUCAAUGCCAACGAGCGGUCUCGUCUGGGUGGCGUAGGCUUCAUGUGGAAGGACAUCAUGCAAAAGCACAAUGAGAUCGGAGGGUUCCAUACCCAGUUAUGUCUGGGAGGACAGAUCUACGCAGAUCGCAUGUGGAAGGAAAUUUCCUCUCUGAAACAAUGGCUUUGUAUCAGUGGAAAGGAAGCCAGGAAGAACGCACCCUGGACAGCCGCAAACCAGCAGGAUGUUUCCCAUGCCUAUUUCCACUACUAUACUAGUCACUUUGACCAGCCGCACUUGAGAGAAUCUUUUGCGCAAAUUCCCUAUAUCUGUCAGAUCGAUGACCAUGAUAUUUUCGAUGGCUUUGGCUCCUAUCCCGAGCACAUGCAAUUCUCAAAUAUGUUCAAAAACAUCGGACGCAUCGGCAUUGAGAUGUAUCUCCUCUUCCAGCACCAUACCACUCUUGACAUUCUCCGCAAUGUCAACAAUGAUACAGACCUCUUCACAAUUACCGGCACGGGCUGGCACUUUGUCAAAUAUCUCGGCCCCGGUGUCGUGGUCGUCGGUCCAGAUUGUCGCUCCGAGCGCAACCCCCAUCAAGUGAUGGCCGGUCCCACAUAUCAGGGACUUUUCCCGAAGGUCGCGAUGCUGCCACCGAGCGUACAGCAUUGUCUGUGGAUGGUCUCGGUGCCACUUAUCUACCCUCGUCUGGAAACAGCAGAACAAAUUGCCCAGACCGUUGCCACUGGCAAGCGAGCUGUGACGGGUGCCUACAAUGUUCUGGGCAAGGUGACCAGUUCAGUUGCCGGCGUGGUGGGAGCUAAGGACUUUGUAGGUUCUGGCUUCGAUUCCGUUAAGCGCGCAGUUGGCAAGUCUGGACUUAUGGGUGGCAUCUUGAGUCCAUUUGGCGAAUUCGACCUCAUGGAUGAGCUGCGGGAUCAAUGGACGCACGAAUCCAAAGAUCUUGAACGAACAUACCUCAUCCGAACUCUGCAGGGAAUUGCCCACCAGAAGUCUCUCCGCAUGACCUUCCUCUCCGGUGCCGUUAACGUCUGCGGUGCUGGACUUGUUCACGAUCCCGCCCAGCCCUCAGACCACAAGACCAUGUACCAACUCAUCGCUUCUCCGGUUGUCAACACACCACCUCCAUCCUAUGUUAUCAAGCUCCUUCACAGCCACAACAAGCCGUUGUAUGUGCCUGCCAAUGGCCACCGGUCUAACGGACAACCUACCGACACCAAGGAAGAUAUGAUGGAAAUCUUUCAGACCGACGUCACUGGUCAGGCCCGUGAGCACCGCAAGCUGAUGGCUCGUCGUAACUACGUUGCUAUCGUCGCAUAUGACCCGGAAGUUGCCACGGCUCCUACUUUUGGGCAACCGAUUGUCGGGCAAGGCCAGAGUAAGCUUAGCCUGGCGGCUGAUUUCAUGGUCCAGGGUGAAGGCGCCUACGCGAGCGUGGUCAAAUAUGGGCCUGUGAUUGUGCCGAGUCUGGAACACGGCCGUUGA